AUGAAUAACGCAGUGGUGCCGAGGGGUCAAGUGUACUGUUUGACGAGGGCGAGUAGGGUUGUUGCGAUUCCGAACAAACCAGGAUGCCUCCCAAACCUUGUCAAUGUCGCCGGCAAAGCCAAAUUACUAGUAGCUGCACCCACACCAACCCCAUUCCCAAUCCAAACAAUCCAAAGCAGCAGAAGAAGAAGCUUCCCUUUAAUGGCUACUUCCCACCAUAACGCUGACAUCGCCAACAACAACUUCCCUUUUAUUCCCUCGUCCUACGGUGACCCCUGCCUUGAUCUCUUUUUCAACGCCCUCAUACCGGACGACAGAGAUACUAACCAAUGCCUUACAUAUCUAAAACAAAUGCUUCCCUUGGCCUGGUCCCACAAUCCCCUUGCCACUCUCAAGCUUAUCUUCAGCGCCGAGUCUAUCGGUUUUUUCUUAAAAAAGUUGGACACGGCCGUGCUUUGGCUCCACCAGAACCACCCCAACACUCUGUUACACAACCUCCACUCCAUUGCUGACUUGCCCGGGGCUGGGAGUUUCUAUGCCCUUGUCCAAAUUCUGUACGUCCUUCUGGUUCAGAAGCAAGGCGGCCAAGGCAAAUACAACGACGCUGCUGCGGAUCUGCUGAAUCUUCAUCCUGAGAGGUACGACCGUGACCCAGAUUAUAGGUUGUUUCACGACCGCGUUAUAGAUGUUUUUGUGGAGCAGCUCAAGUCUGAUAUCGAGAAAAUGAAGCAGCACACGCUCGAAUUGGAGCCAUCUGAUUAUUUAAGUGAUGAUGAUGAGGACUACGUCACUCGUGAAUACGCCAUGAGUGAAUACCACCGCCCCUGCAAAGUUUCGGCUGCAGAGUGUUGCACUUCAAAAAACGAGUGGGAUGACCAUCGCGCCCGCGCCAUUUUUCUGCGUGAAAGCAUUGCGAGGAGGCUCUUCCCGCCAGAAUCAGAUCCAUCAGAAGAGUGGGAACUCCUAAGGAAGGACUUUUUGGUGCCCUUGACCAAUUACUACAAGCGUCGACGCGUGUCGGAAAGCCGACAGUUUUGGGUUAAGAAGUAUUUGGAGGAGGUGAAAGCAGGAGGAGGUACUGGCAUAAUAAAUCCCGAUGCCUUGCUUCCAAAUGAGAUCAUAGACUACGUAUACGAAGAAGAUGAGGAUGUUGGGGAAGCGGCGGCCGAGCUUCAGUGGAAGGCAAUGGUGGACAUGUACCUAAAGCAGCAGCAAAAGCAGGGGGAGGGUUUGGGCAAAUUCAAAAACUGGUUGGUGGUGGGCGGUAUACCCAACAAUUUUGCUGCGUGUUUGAGAUUUCUCAUGUCUGAACUGAGUGAAGAGCCAUGGAAAGGAAAGUUCAUUGGUGGAGAUGAAGAUGAGCCGGAAUGGAUACAAGGCGAAGGGCAUGAUCUUAAGUCCAAGUGCAAGUUGAUGAGGAAAUCCGAUGACUACUUUGGGUUUUUGAAGGCAAUUGAUUUAAUUUUGGAGGUGGGUGUGAAUGCGAAUUUGAAGGCAGAGCAUAUGAUCAAGAAGGUGAUUGUGUUCCAAAGCCUGAAGCCAGGUUGGAUUUGCACCUCGGUUUGGCACUAUGAUCAACUAGUGAACGACGUUGAGUCAAUACGGAGUAAGUAUAAGGACAAGGGGUACGGAGACGAUGCGGUGCCACACAUUGUACUUUGGGAUGUUUGUGAAGAUUGGAGUAUCCCGCAUUCUUGGAUUUGUACACAACAUCCAGGGUUCACGCGGUUGAGUGGCUUCUCCGGUCAUUUGGUUAAGUCCUUCUUGGACAAUGGCGGGGAAAUCGGGCCGCACCAUCUCAUGGAAGCAGUCAUCGCUGACAAAGAGUAUCAAGCUCUUGCUGUAGUUGACUGA